AGAAGAGGGAGGAGAGCGGUGGCGGCGGCAGCGCCAGCGCCGGGGCGCGGAGCCGGAGCAGGAGGAGGCGGUGGCGGCGGCGGCGGCGGCGGCGGCGGCGGAGGGAGCCGGGCGCCGGAGCCGGGCCCCGCUGCAGGGAAAUGGCCCUGAAGGUUAAAUGAAGCCAAGAAAACAUAUGAACAGAGUAUUAUUAUAUAUUUUGGGAAGAGCAUAUCAGGAAGUAAUUGAUCAACUGUUUUUGGUAACCAGUCAUAAUGAAGAAAAUCAGUCUUAAGACCUUUCGGAAGUCUUUCAACUUGAAUAAAAGUAAGGAAGAGAAUGAUUUUGUGGUGGUUCAACAACCAUCGCUAACCACUGACUUUGGAAAAGAUGAUUCCUUGUUUAGUAGCUGCUAUGGUAAAGAUUUGGCCAGCUGUGAAAUCAACAGUGAAGAUGAGAAAAGUGGAAAAAAUCGAUCCAAAAGUGAAAGCUUAAUGGGUACAUUAAAAAGGCGACUUUCAGCAAAACAAAAGCAAAAAGGCAAGGGCAGCCCACCAUCUGUGAACUCAGCAGAUGAGGAUACCUUCUCCUCUUCAUCUGCUCCAAUAGUCUUUAAAGAUGUAAGAGCUCAAAGACCAUUAAGGUCAACAUCCCUUCGUAAUCAUCACUAUAGUCCUACUCCAUGGCCUCUUCGUCCCACAAACUCAGAGGAGACCUGUAUCAAGAUGGAAGUAAGAGUCAAGGCUUUGGUUCACUCCUCCAAUCCAAGCCCAGCACUGAAUGGUGUUCGAAAAGAUUUUCAUGAUUUGCAGUCUGACAGUGUGUUCCAAGAACAAAACAGUGCAUUAAAAAGUACAGAAUCUCAAAAUGGAGACCUGCAUCUUCACAUCGAUGAACAUGUGCCUGUAGUUAUUGGACUUAUGCCUCAGGACUACAUUCAGUAUACUGUGCCUUUAGAUGAGGGAAUGUAUCCUUUGGAAGGAUCACGUAGUUAUUGUCUGGACAGUUCUUCUCCCAUGGAAGUGUCAACUGUUCCUUCUCAGGUAGGAAGGAACUCAUUCCAUGAGGAUGAGAGCCAAGUAGAUCAGGACAUAGUAGUUGCCCCAGAUAUCUUCGUGGAUCAGGCAGUUAACGGCUUGUUGAUUGGCACCACGGGAGUCAUGUUGCAAAGCCCAAGAGUGAAUCAUAGUGAUGUCCCUCCACUCUCACCAUUGCUACCUCCAAUGCAGAAUAAUCAAAUCCAAAGGAACUUUAGUGGACUGAAUGGCACAGAUACACAUGUGUCUGAAAGUAUGCGUUGCCAUUUGAAUUUUGAUCCUAACACUGCUCCUGGAGUUGGAAGAGUUUACGACUCUGUGCAAAAUAGUGGCCCUAUGGUUGUGACAAGUCUUACAGAGGAACUGAAAAAACUUGCAAAACAAGGAUGGUACUGGGGACCAAUUACACGAUGGGAAGCAGAAGGAAAAUUGGCAAAUGUGCCUGAUGGUUCUUUUCUUGUUCGUGAUAGUUCUGAUGACCGUUACCUUUUAAGCUUGAGCUUUCGCUCCCAUGGUAAAACACUUCACACUAGAAUUGAACACUCAAAUGGUAGAUUUAGCUUUUAUGAACAACCAGAUGUAGAAGGGCAUACUUCUAUAGUUGAUCUAAUUGAACAUUCAAUCAGGGACUCUGAAAAUGGAGCUUUUUGCUAUUCACGGUCUCGGUUGCCUGGAUCUGCAACCUACCCUGUCAGACUGACCAAUCCUGUAUCACGGUUCAUGCAGGUGCGUUCAUUGCAGUACCUAUGUCGUUUUGUAAUACGUCAGUACACCAGAAUAGACUUGAUUCAAAAACUGCCUUUGCCAAACAAAAUGAAGGAUUAUUUACAAGAGAAGCACUACUGAAAGUUUAUGGGAAUCUUGCAUCUUGCACUUUGGGAACAAGAAAAAGAGAUUGAAAUACAGUUUACAAACUUUCAUUGCUAUCAAAAUCUUUUGCUGCCAUAACUAUUUCAGUUUUAUGUGUAAACAAGAGUAUGCAUUUGUUUUGUUUGGGUAUGGGGCGGUGUUGGCAAGGUGUCUUAGAUUUAUUUUUUUCUUUUAAAAGGAAAAAUCUUGAGGUUAUUAGAAGUGUGAAAUCUUUCAUCAAUGUGCAGAAUAAUCACAAUGUGAAUUAUCAGAUUAUCCUUAGUUUCCCCCAAAUCCUUUGCUGCUAUCCACUGUGAUUUUUAUGCAUUAAAAAGCACAUUUCAUGUGUAUUCAACCAUAAGUAAAGUUGAAUGAAACUUGUCACUUGUCUUUUUAAAAUGACCCAUGUUCAAAAGAUAGUCUUCAAGAAACCAGUACCAAAAAAAUGAAAAUUGGUAUCUCAGAAUAUAUUAUAUUCUUAAAAAGUACUCUUAAUUUGGAAUGUAUAAAAUUAUAAAAGUUUUAAGGUAAAUGAAACAUAAUAAUGCAGCAUCUUUUGAAACAGUCAUUUUUUUUGUUAAUUAUCUCUGAGUUUUUAUUUAUCUUUUGGUUCCAAAAAGUUGAAUACUUAAUUGCUUCCAUCUUCAACUUAUGGUUUGCCUGUCUUGUCAAAAAUGGCAUUCCUUUUAAAAAUCUUGAAAAAUAUGUAAUUACUAAUACAGAACAUGCAGCCUCUCCUUACUUAAACAUGGGCACAAAUUGGCAUAACAAACUUCACUAUGAAAGUAGAUCUAUUGAAAGAAGAAAUACUGCAUAAUAAUAGAUUACAUAGUAUAGUCUUUGCCAGCAUCCAUUUUUAUGUUACCUACAUUGGCCUCUGAUAAAAAUGUUUUAUAUAUAAUUUAAUUUGUUUGACAUUUUCUUGGUCAGAACUUGAUUACACCAAUUAUUCUUGUUAAUUUGAUUCUAUUUCAACUCUAAAAGUGAUAAAAAAAAUUUUAAUGUACCAUUUUGUAGAGAAAUAUUUUUUUCACAUGUAAUUGUGGAACGGUGCUUGAUUUACACAGAAUUUCAUUAGAUGAUAAACUCUGUGGGAAGGGUGGAGUGUAUGUAUUUAAGAAUUAGCAAGCCCUUGUCAGGAGUACUGAGGUCCUAAUGCUUCCCCAUUUUUAUUUCCAUUUGGAAAGUGUUUUAUAAAUUCAGCAAUCUGGGCUCAAAGAAUUUAAGUAGCAUUUGCUAGUAAGUCAAUUUUUUUUCUCUUAGACCCUAUACUACUCUGAUAUGAAAUUAUACAUUUUGUUUAAAGAAGACCAGUACUUAAUUAUUUUAUGUAGUUAUAUUUUACUUUGAGAAGUUCAUCCCUUUCUUCAUAGAUGCUUUAAUGUCCAAUUCAUAGCAAAUCAAAAAAUUUUCAUUAUUCUUAAUCAGUAAUGAUGAGAAUUUCUUUCCCUUCCUAUUCUUUUUCCUUCAAUUUGUAAUGACUUUUGUUUUAUCAUUAUUUGGUGUUAUAAUAUACUGUUCUGGAAUUGCUUAAAAUAAACUUAAUUUCUUUUCCAAGUUAAAAAGCUUUUUAAAGGAAAACAAUGCAUUAUCAGAUGAAGACUUGGAGGCUUUUCUCUUGGUAUUAAGCUAUCAUUUUUCUUCCUCCUAUUCCCAUUUACUUGUAGAACUUACUGACUUUGUUAGUCAUCUAUUUAUCCUGAUUUUUUUCUUUGCUUUUGGAGAAUCAGAACUGGCAAAGAUUUUACCCAGAAAAGGCACCAUGCUAUUUGGCUUUUACUUGGAGGGAGAGAAGGAUAGUAUUUCAUUUUUGUGGUAUCGUACCCUUUUGGGAAGAAGCCUCUUUAAUUUUCUUUAAAUUGUUUUUCACUUAAUAAAAUUGAAUUAAUUGUAAUUCAGAUGUUCACUAUUAGCCACUGGAAUUAAGAGUGAUAAAAUGAUAUUGAAAUUAUGCAAAAUACUAUUAUGGUGGAUUGUUUUCUCCCCAGGGACUGGUUUUUAAACAUCACAUUUUAAUUGAUGCAAAAGGCCACAUGCUGAAUUCCUGUUGAUGGUUGGCUUUAUUGGAGAAAUAAUGCAGAGAAAUUCUUUAGAGAAAUAUUGACAAUGCCUUCCUCUUAAAUAAACAUUUUCCCAUCUUGCCACAAAGAUUAGACCCCCUCAGCAGAUGUACCCAGUAACUUUUGGACCACUCUUGUAUUUCAAUUUGGUUACAUGGAAUAAUUUCGAUCAUAGUCAAACGUCUGCAUUUUGAAAUGAUUUCAUAUAUUUUACUCUGUUUAAGAUGUGGUCAUUGAAUUCUGCAUUCAGUGUUGUUGUUUUGGCUUGAUUUACCUGAAUGUUUUAUAGUCCUCCUUUGUGUUUUUGGAAGACAAGUAGUAAUAGUCUUCUGAUUCAUAUUGCCACUUGUUGAUGUGCUUUCACAUGUGUCCUUAAUAUAAAAGAAUAUUUUAAAGUAGUUUUAUCCUUAAAGCUGUCCUAAUUUGAAAUUACUGUAACCUACCCAUAAAAUUAAAAACAUGUGCCAAGAAAUUAAUGUGUAAUCAUAAACAUGGAGAUGAGUGCAUUGCAGCUGUUCAGUCAUUGUAGCUUGAGGUAGCACAAUAUAACUAAGAAGGUUGUGUCUGUGAUGUUAAAUAAAGGAGGCUGGUUGAAAAUGGUAAGAUAAAGCCAUCAGUCACCCAAUUAUUGGGCUUGCAUGAUGCAGUUUUACUGACCACACACAUUGACUGACUUUUGGAGGACUGUAUUAAAUGAUGACUUGUGUGUCAUAUAAGCAUAGUCCAAAUUUAUGCCAACAAAACUUGCUUAUGAGAAGGAAGUAAAUAGGAAAGUUGUGUCUGCUUUUGCCAGUAAUAAAAAAUGAGGAAAAGUGUAUCUUCACAAAACAUGUGAAAUGACAAAAGCUAUUCUCAGACUUAUAGUACAUUACUAUGAAAAAUGAAGAAUAACAGAAUGCCAUUUAAAGUACUUGAAAAUAUCUUUAAAAACAAACCACAAAGGAAAAAAUUUUCUUAUUCUGGUGCAAUACUCUUAAAGUUUAGAAGGCAAACUCUUGGAUUAGGAAAUGAUUAUUAAAAGUAAAAUAAUUUUGAUCUAGAAUUUUGAACCAGCCAUUUACAUCAACCAUCUUGCUCUUAAAGAAAAUAAUGUGCCAAAAGGCUAACUUAUUGGAAUAUGAUGAAUACUGUAAAUUAUACAUUAAACAUUACUUUAUAAUUGCUGAGCCAGUAUUAUUAAAACAGGAUGGAAAUUAGUAAAGUCUUAAGUAGGGAAUGAAUAUGCAAUGUCUCAAUUUUGCUGGUGCCACAAAAGUCUAAAUAUUUUUCUUAAGAUCACUGCUUUCAGAAAUACCAAUUUUAAAAUAUUGUAUAUUUCAUAGUUUUCAUAAUAAGAGAUAUUACUUUAUGACUGAUUCAGAAGAAUAAUUUUUAUUUUAAUCCUAACUGCAUUUCAUAGUAUGUGAAUUAUGAAUUUGAAAAUGGAAUUACACUACCAGCAAUAGAUAGUAUUGGUGAAUACACUAAUAAGGAACAAUCCCCUGUUCCAGGAAUAACUUUUAAAUCCUAAACUAAAAUCAUUGGUACGGUAGUAAUCGCAAAUUUGGUUUCUUUUAAUACUUUUUUAAUCCUGUAAAGAAUGUUUUUAUAAACAUCCUUUUUAUUAAUAGUUAAUCAUAACAUGGGAAAAUGUUGUGUAGUUGCUCUAUCUGAAAAGUGUUCCAGACUCUACACCCACAGAUCAUGAAAAAUUCUUAUAGAAUUUUGUAUUAAGUAUACAUGUUGGGUUAAAGAAAUUUUAUAGUGGUGAUGGAGUGCCAUGAAAUUAAUACUUGCAAUCCAGAUUGCUGUAGUUUACACUUUUCUGUAUGUUUCAAAUCAGGUGUGUACCAUUUGUACUAAGCACACCAUAGAAUGAGAAUUAUCCAAAGUCCAUUGAUUUUAAUAUGUGUUUUGGUUUGUAAACAAAAUUAUAGUAAUUUCUUGCACAUUUUUGGAAAAUAAUUGUAUAAGAACUUAUGUAUCUGCUUAUAGAUACAAUGUGUAAAUAAAAAUUUCAUUCACAAAA